AUGACCAGUUCUUGUAGAAUCAGAGCUUUCUGGAUCAUCAGCACUCAAGAUAACGUCCUCUUCUCCAGACGGUUUCCGGUGGUGGAGAAGCGGUGGCGAGCUGCCUGUCAGCGAGAAAAUGAGAACUUAAGCGACGAGAGUGUGAAAUCUGCUGCGGCGGUGCCUCCGUCGCUUUACCUGCCCACUGAUUCUGAGAUAGCAGCGGCAUUUACUGAACGGAAGAAUAGGGAGGGAUCUGCCCGUGGAUUUGGUGUAAGGGUAAACCGAUCUGUUGAAGGAUCAGAUUCCUGGGUUGAUGAUCCAAUUACGCGUCACAUAAUAAGUCUAAUUAUUAACAAAGUGGAUGGUGUGAAUCAUAUUUUCUGGCCAUUAAUUAUGCACAUAAAGGGCCAUUAUUGUGUCCUUGUAUUGCCUUUAGUUGAACCACAUCAGCUGAGAGUGUAUUCAAGAAUGUGUAAAAGAGCAGACUGUGGAAAUUCUAUUGGAGCAGAUCAAAAUUUAUCUUCUCUCCUUCUUGAUCUUCCAUCCAUCACAGGGGCCUUUAUGGUGGCUCAUAUGAUUGGGGAUGUUAUAACUGGAGAUGUAACAGAACCUGAAAUAGUCAUAAGCGCAUCUCCAUCUGUGGGAGGACUAUUGGAUUCUCUCACUGGAAGUAUUGGGAUUUCAGGUAUUUCUGCAAGAGCAAAACCUGUAGCUUCUCCAGCGGCAGCACCUACAGUUUCCAGCAGUGGUAUUGGUGGAGCAAUGGCAGCUGAUGGUCCAAAGAUUGGUUUGAGGCCCCUUGAUAAAGAUGCAGUUCGGUCUUUUAUUAGUAGUGCCAUGCCUUUUGGUACACCUCUGGAUCUAAACUACACAAAUAUUUCCUCUAUCAAGAUCAAUGGAUUUUCCUCAACAGAUAUGCCUCCUACAGACAUCAGGCAACCAGCAUGGAAGCCUUAUCUUUACAGAGGGAAGCAAAGAAUCCUCUUCACAAUUCAUGAGACUGUUCAUGCUGCAAUGUAUGAUCGCGAUGAGAUUCCAGAUAGCAUAAAGAUUUCAGGCCAAGUGAAUUGCCGAGCAGAGUUGGAAGGGUUGCCUGAUGUUAUGUUCCCAUUAACUGGGUUAGAUGCCGCUCGUCUAGAACUAUUGUCAUUUCAUCCUUGUGCUCAAGUUCCAGAGCACAGCAAUGACAAGCAAUCACUGAUGUUCUCUCCACCCUUAGGAAAUUUUGUAUUAAUGCGUUAUCAGGCAUUUUGCCGCAUUGGGCCCCCAAUAAAGGGAUUUUACCAGCUUUCAAUGGUCUCAGAAAAUGAAGGUGCAUUUUUGUUUAAAUUGUGUCUCAUGGAAGGUUACAGAGCUCCUCUAUCCAUGGAUUUUUGUUCAGUUACUAUGCCUUUUCCUAGGAGAAGAGUGGUUUCUUUUGAUGGCACACCUUCUCUUGGAACAGUUUCAAUUACUGAGCACUCAGUUGAAUGGAAAAUUAUCACUACUGGUCGAGGAGUUUCAGGGAAGAGUGUUGAGGCAACGUUUCCUGGAACCGUUAAAUUUGCUCCCUGGCAAACACAAAGCAACAGGACUGCAGACGAUGAAGAUGAUGGUGAAAUAGACUCAACUAACAAUACAAUAAAUGUGGAAGAUUUCUUAAUGGAGAAAAUGAGCAAGGAUCUUCAAGCAGUUGAGUUGGAGGAGCCAUUUUGCUGGCAGGCAUACGAUUAUGCUAAAGUUUCUUUCAAAAUUAUGGGUGGAUCAUUAUCAGGAAUGACGAUUGAUCCAAAAUCUGUAACUAUUUUCCCAACCGUCAAAGCACCUGUGGAAUUCUCAACACAGGUCACUUCUGGUGAUUACAUUUUGUGGAACACGUUAGGAAAAUGUCCCGUAGUUGCAACACCAAAAGCUUAGCUCAGGCGAGUCCACUGGCAUCUUGCAAUCUUAUUAUGUAAAGAGCAAUCUAUAAAAAUGACAUUUUUAUGCAAAGGGAACCUGUCUGCAGGUGAUUUCGUCAUGGAUUUGGUGUUCUGCAUGAAAGGAUUGUUUUGGGGUCUGAUGACUAUACAUGCAAAUUUUUAAAAGCUUAUACGUGUUU